AUGAAAAUCCGCGUGAUGCAGAUCUGGGGCUUCCUGAUGACAGUGCUGGGCUGGAUCUUUGUGGCAUGCACCAUGGCCAUGGAGGGCUGGAAGGUCACGUCCAUCGGGGGCAUGGGCGGCUCGGCUGUCAUCAAGGUGGCCUGGUACUGGUCUAACCUGUGGAAGGCCUGCUUCACCGACUCCACUUCUGUCACCAACUGCCAAGACUUCCCUGUGCUCUGGUCCGUGGACAACCACAUCCAGAUUGUGAGGGGCCUGCUGAUGGGUGCUCUGUCUUUGGGGAUGCUGGGGUUCGUACUCAGUCUCAUUGGGAUGGAGUGCACCUUCCUCGGGGGCAAGGACAAGGCGAAGUACAGGAAGCUCUUCACUGGAGGAGUCUGUCACAUCAUCAGCGGCUUUCUGGCUGCGUCGGGAUAUGCUGUCUACGCAAAAUACGUCUCCGGGGAAUACUUCAACCCCUAUUUUGAAGGUUUAAAGUUUGACCUGGGGACUCCUCUGUUUCUUGGCUGGGUGGGAUCAGCUUUCCAUAUGACAGGGGGUUGGUUCUACUUGGUCUCUGUGUGCAAACUGCUCUGUGGGGACGCGAGCAAAACUAUAGUCAUCCCUGAACUUCCCGAGGUUGAGAGUGACCAGGCCAAGUCCACCACAGUACAGUCCCCAGUAUCCCAGAUCACCUCAAAGAUCAAGGUUUCAUCUGCAUCUAAGAUUUCUUCCAAAGCUGCACACUCAGAUGUGUCUGCCAUCUCCUCAAAGUCUGGUCAGUCCGGUCGCGCGUCCAAAUCAGAGCGGUCUGGGCGGUCCUCAAACUCCGGGCAGUCCUCGAAAUCUGGCGGUGGGUCUUUGACGUCUGGUCGUCCAUCGAGGUCGAGGUCUCAUGGGUCAGUGCACUCUGAGGUGAGCAGCGGCAGCAGUAGUACAGUGUCCUCUUUAUCCAGUGGGUCAAGGAGGAGCGAGAGAGAACCGUUUAUCAAAAACUCCUACAUAUGA